AUGAAGAUGAUGACGACAAGAUUUCGGAAAUACUGGUUUAGUCUGGUCAGUGCUGUGGCCUUCAUCCUCUGCUGUGUGAUGUUCAAGAUGUACCACCACCUGAACGUCUCACUGGACUCCAAAUUGUCCCCUAAGUUGUCCCCUUUCCACCAGAUACAUACAUACCCCUUUUUGUCCAACAUAUCUGAUAGUGGCACUGCCUCUCCAUCAAAGAACUUUACAUGCUCUGCCAGUGACAGCACAGAGGUCAUCCCAUCACACCUGCCCCAGUCAUACCAGGAUUUCUUACGCUACAGGCAUUGCCGAGCGUUCCCAAUCCUGCUGACCCCUUCACCUUGCGAGGAUGAUCUCUUUCUGUUGUUGGUCGUGAAGUCCACAGCUGUUAAUGUAGACCGCCGCGCUGCAUUGCGGGACACCUGGGGUCGCGCUGGUAGAAUCAAAGGUCAAAGGGUUAAGCUGGUCUUCCUCAUGGGCCGCUCCCAUGACCAGGUGCAGGGUCACGACCUCCAGCAACAGCUACAGUGGGAAAGCCGUUGCUAUGGGGACAUCUUGCAGUGGGACUUUGCUGACGUCUUCUUCAAUCUACCUCGGAAGGAGGUGGGAUUCCUCAGCUGGUUCUCGCGCAAGUGCAGCAGUGCACAGUUUGCAUUCAAGGGCGAUGACGACGUGUUUGUGAACACAGAGAAUCUGAUUGCUUUCCUGACAGCCCACAAGUCUGAGAAUCACCUGUUUGCUGGAUACAUCCACAACCCCGAGCUGCCUCUCCGAGACAGAAACUCAAAGUAUUUUGUCCCUGUCGAGAUAUACCCAGAGGGGAAGCUCUAUCCACCCUUUCCAAGUGGAGGUGGAUAUCUGAUGUCGCGGCAGACUGUGACUGGACUGAAUGUGGCGGCCCAGAGAGUGAAGCUGUUCCCACUCGAUGAUGUAUUUCUGGGCUUGUGCUUAGAGCAAAUGGGUGUGGAGCUUACGCACCACAGAGGUUUUCUGACAUUCGGCAUCAGCAAUGACCUGAAGCGCCCCUGUGUUUAUCGCGAAAUCAUGCUGGUGCACCAGAUGAACCCAGCUGAGAUGCGGGACACGUGGUCGCUGAUGCAAGACAGUCCGCCAUGUGAUAGUGGGAAAACAUUUUGA